CUGGGGAACCCUUUCAGCACCCCGGUGGGGCAGUGCCUAGAUGGGGACACUGAGGCAGAGAGAACGUCACAUAACUAGCAAUAAGGGAGCUGGAGCUGAAACUUUGCAUUCUUGCUUCAGAGCUGGUAUCUGAUAUGAUGGGCUGCCUCCAGCAAGGAAGGAGAAAAGGCAACAGAUGGCUCCCUGCAAAGUGAGGACUGGACAUUGAACAUGGAGAUCUGUGACAUCAUCAAUGAGACAGAGGAAGGGCCAAAGGAUGCCAUUCGAGCCCUGAAGAAGCGGCUCAACGGGAACCGGAACUACAGAGAAGUGAUGCUGGCAUUAACAGUGCUGGAGACAUGUGUAAAGAACUGUGGCCACCGCUUCCACAUUCUUGUGGCCAACCGAGACUUCAUCGACAGUGUUCUGGUCAAGAUCAUUUCUCCCAAAAACAACCCUCCCACCAUUGUACAGGACAAAGUACUUGCUCUGAUCCAGGCGUGGGCUGAUGCCUUUCGAAGCAGCCCUGACCUUACUGGUGUUGUGCACAUAUACGAGGAGCUGAAGAGGAAAGGGGUCGAGUUUCCCAUGGCAGACUUGGACGCUCUGUCUCCCAUACACACACCACAGCGGAGCGUCCCUGAAGUGGAUCCAGCCUCAACCAUGCCCAGGUCCCAGUCGCAGCAGAGGACGAGUGCCAGCUCCUAUUCCUCGCCUCCUCCUGCGCCUUACUCUGCUCCGCAGGCCCCAGCUCUGAGUGUGACUGGACCCAUCACGGCCAAUUCAGAACAGAUUGCCAGGCUGCGGAGUGAACUGGAUGUUGUUCGAGGAAACACAAAAGUUAUGUCGGAGAUGUUAACAGAAAUGGUCCCCGGGCAAGAAGAUUCAUCUGAUCUGGAGUUGCUACAGGAGCUGAACAGGACCUGCCGGGCCAUGCAGCAGCGCAUCGUGGAGCUCAUCUCCCGUGUGUCCAACGAGGAGGUCACCGAGGAGCUGCUUCACGUCAACGACGACCUCAACAAUGUCUUCCUCAGAUAUGAGAGGUUCGAACGAUACAGGUCGGGCCGAUCAGUUCAAAAUGCCAGUAAUGGAGUACUGAAUGAAGUAACGGAAGACAACUUAAUAGACCUGGGGCCGGGGUCUCCAGCGGUGGUGAGCCCAAUGGUGGGGAACACGGCACCCCCAUCUUCCCUCUCCUCCCAGCUUGCAGGCUUGGACCUGGGGACAGACAGUGUCAGUGGCACCCUCAGUUCACUCCAGCAGUGUAAUUCCCGUGACGGCUUUGACAUGUUUGCUCAGACGAGAGGGAACUCCUUGGCCGAGCAACGCAAGACAGUGACCUAUGAGGAUCCUCAGGCAGUCGGUGGACUGGCUUCUGCACUAGACAGUCGAAAACAGAACUCCGAAGUGAAGAGAGGUAGAGGUCGGGACUCUGACCUGGAGCCCAUAGACAGCUGGCUCAUGACCCAAGGAAUGAUCCCCGUUGCUCAGCCCUCUGUCAUGGACGACAUUGAGGUGUGGCUCAGGACGGACCUGAAGGGUGAUGACCUGGAGGAGGGAGUCACGAGCGAAGAGUUUGAUAAAUUCCUUGAAGAAAGAGCCAAAGCUGCUGAAAUGGUUCCCAACCUCCCCUCACCCCCAGUGGAGGCCCCGGCCCCGGCCCCAGCCUCCAACCCCUCCGGCCGGAAGAAGUCAGAGCGGUCUGAGGAUGCCCUCUUCGCCCUGUGAGCUGUUCUGUGGUUUGGUCCCCGGGAUGGCAGGUCACUUCUCGCUGCCCGGUUCACACUAGGCACUGGCCACUCCUCUCAUCCCCAGCCCCACGUGGUCCUGCGCUGCUGUGUCUCCAUGGAAAUGCCACUGUGUUUGCUCCCAGGCCUCCCACUAGUCAGGACCAGCUUUAGCCACCUUCUUCUCUCGGCGGUGGGACAGUUGGGCUGCAGCCAGAGGCCCUGCCCUCCCUCCCCGCUCCCACCCACGGGCUCCCUCUGCCCAUGUUUCCUCCCAGGAAGAGUGGGCAGUGGGCCCAGGCCCAGGCAGGGCAGUCCCCUUGGGACUAUCUUCUGAGCAGACACCAGGAUGGUCUUUCCUCCAAUCACCUGCCCAGAGAAGGGAGUCAGGCCCCUUCCCCUGCCUGGCUCAGUGAAUCUCCUUGGGCUGGCUUGUCCUCCCAGAAAGGAUUUGUCUGCGCCUGUGGGUUGGUCUCCCUCCCUUUACUGCUGCUCCCUGAUGCGUGUCACUUUGUGGCACUUGGCGUGCUCAGCACUUUAGAAGGUUCCAUGGGGUGCCCAUGUGUGCCCUCAUCUCGGCGCUCUCUCCAUCACUCGGCUGCUAGCCCCAUGCCUGAGCGGGUGCAGCAGCUGAGCUUGGAACCAAGGGGCCCCAUAGACCUGCAGGUUCUGGGGGCAGAGAGAGAGCCAAAAGGCAGAGAGAGAGCAGCAUACCACCUGUGGGCAGGGGCCGAGGGGCAGGCUGGCUGGCUCCUGCAGAGAGAGCACUACCACAGACCAAACUGCCCUGCGCACACUGCACUCCGGGCCUUUCUGUGGAGGGGCCUGCACAGGGAGGAGUGACUGGUUUGCUUGGGAAAGCUCUGAGCAUGCUGUGCUUUGGCCUGGCCUGUGGUAGCCUCUAUCUCCAGGCCCAGCAGUAGAUGCUUCUCACCAUGCUUGGAGAGCCACACAACCGAGAGAGCAGAGCAGCACUGAGGUCCCUGGUCUGUUCUUUGGCAUGGGUCUCAGCCUCCUCCACAGACUUUCCCAACAGCCUCACCUCCUCCCCUCAGAGUUCCCCCGGCCAUGAUGGCUCCCUCUCCGAGCCAACCUAAAAGGCAGACAGAGCCUGGAGCUGAGCUGCUGGGGGCUGGUGACUCCUGCUCUGUCCUGGUUCCUCGCUGUGUCUCCUGGCUGCGGGCACUGCAUUCUCGCUGGGCCCCAGCCUGAGUCCUGCCUGCCCUACCUGUGUGCUGCCCCUGCAACUGCUCAUCCCAGCCCGGGAGCCUCCAGGGCCCAUGUCAUGGUUCCAGCAUGCACUGCCUGGGCGUUGGGGGCAAAACCUGCCACCUAGUUUCCCAAUUCGGUGUGGUCAGCCCUUGCACCUGGCAGGAUGGCCUAGAAGCCACAGCACUGGCCCAGGCAGGGAAAAGACACUGGGCUCGUCUUGGGCUGAGAGCAGUGCCGUGGGCGCUAGGAGAAGUGUUAGGACCGGGACUGGAGCUGAGGGCUGUGCGAAGCAGUAAGAGGAACCUUAACAAUGCAGUGAGAGCUGCUGCCACCCCAGGGCCCCAUGCCCAUCUCACACUACCACAGCGUCCUCCAGGGAAGGCCCUGGACUCUGGCUGGGGCCAGCAACAGCUGGGGAUAUUACACUCCAGGUCCUCAUAGGAACCUCCCCACUGGAGCUUGGCCAGGCUGAUUCCAGUCCUGUCCCCUCUGGCUGCAAGUGCCAUGCCUAUGCUCCCUCCACCCCUCUCCCCAACCCUUGGUCAGCUCAAGCCCCGCUCCUCAACAUUUCCCAAGGGCAGAGUCCCCUGAGGCCAGCUUGGACAUUAUGACUUCUGAAGUCAGCUGGUUUGAUGUGAGCUGCAGAGAAGCUCGGUUGUACCCAGAGACCCCAGCUGAUAUCCCCAGCCCUUUGAUGCAGUUUGGAAGGGUUCUAAGAGCAGGGACCUGCCUCUGCUAGCCUGCCAGGCUUGCAGUGGUGGGCAGCGAACCUUGGGUGUGGGAGCCGUGGCACCCGGCAGCCAGAGUACUCUGAGGGAAGAGCAGCCUCCUGCCUUAUGGAAGGGGAAGUCACCACAAGACCAGGAACCUGAAGGGCCUAAGGGGAGAGGAGGCUCCUGGUGGUGAGUAAAGCUCAGACAUUCGCCUACCUGAGGAUACCCCAGCCAAGCUGCUCUCAAUACUGUGGUCCAGAGCUGGCCCCCUAACUCUAGCUGAUCAGUCAGACAUGGCUUCGAAAGACCUGGCUGUCCCUGGUACAGCAGGGGACGGUAGAUUCCUGUGGACUGACAAAACCACUAACCCACAGAGAAGUGUCAACUGCCUUCCUGGCCUGGAGCCGCCCCUCCGGUGGCUUUCCAGCACUUCCUGCUAGUACAUCAUGUCCAGAGGCAGCCGGCUCCUACCUGCAGGCUGAGGUGGCAAUUGAGUCCUGCACCAGAAGCAAGUACAGGCCUUUGGGGGGGGGUUCUGCCUUGCUCAGUCCUGAGGCCGUAAGGACUCCCCUUGGCCCACGUGGCCUCUGACUGCCCCUGCCGUCUGGGGAGCACAGUGCUCAGGCUGUCUGAUUAGGGCAAACCAGCCAGACCCCCCCACCCCGCCCCCUAGGAGAGUGAGACCCUUCUGAGCCACCAGUCUCUCCACAAGUGUUAGAAAUCACAGAUACAGUAUGUACUUAAUUACACUAAAUUAUUGCUGGGAUUCCUUAUAAGCACUAAUUAUACCUGAUUAUAGGUUAAAAUAUUUAUUUUGUCAAAAUAUUUUCUUGGGGAUGUGUUUAACCUUUUCUGUGUUCAUUGUGUGCUGAGAUGUGAAGACUAACCAUUUCCUCUCACCUGCCAUUUUGGCCUGUGGGCUGUGAGAAUGGCACUAUGUGUGGCUUGACCUGGGGCUCUGAUGGGCCUUCGGCCAACCUCCCCAGAACUGUCCCUUCCUGGGCACUCCCCAGGCACCGAGCAGCGACCUGGCUAAGAUGACUCCUUCACUGAUCAGCAUGACUGGGACAGGGGUCUCUGAAAGGGCUUGUUGCCGCCCUGGGCCAGAAGGAAAGGUGACUUCCACUCUGUCGUCUAUCCUCCUGUCUCUCUGUGUGUCAGUCCCCUCAGUGUGAGUGACCAUGCUGUCCGCCCUGGACCAUACCUUGGCUCACUGCCCUUCUCCUUCCCCACCCAGAGGUCCAGAGCAAGGGUCUUGGGGCCGGAGAGGCCCGGGGCCUGGGCUGUGACUCGAGGCCCCAGCUGGGAGAGAGGAGGCUAGGGCUGUGGAUGGCCCAGAGGAGCAGGCGCCCGACUCCUCCAGCAUCAUGAUGCAGGCAGCCCUGCUUACCACCCACAUUCCUGCCCCUCUGCUUCCUUCCCGCAGCCACACCCUCCACUUCGCCUACACACACUUCUAACUCAGUCCGGCCCUGUCUUCUGGAUGACUUGAUGGGCCUAUGGCCUGGCAGGAGGAAAGAGCGAUGGAGCAGUGCUGUGCUCGCAGCCAGCCCAUCCAUGAGCUCCUCCAUCUGCUGUUGGGGUGUCUGGGCCACCCAUGGUCAAGUGUGUGUGCACCCAAAAGAUAUCCCCUGAGGUACCUGCCUCUCCUAGUGCCCAUCUCCAGCCCUUCCUGUCCAUGGGGGUCCAAGCCGGGCUUCCCUUGCCAUCACCAGCCCCCCCCCCGGGAACAGCUGUCAACCCUGGAGUCACACUGCUUUUCUCUGGAUAAACCCUCCAGGCUCUCCUGGAGAGGGGGAUGAAUAUUUAUUUCCUAAAGUUUGCACUUAAUUUGUAAGGUUUCUCAGGAUUGUUGGGGCUUUUGAGAAAAGGAAUGUGUUGAAUUUGUUGUCCAGUCGUCCCCAAAAGUCUGGUGUUCUGUCACUGUCGUGCGUUUCUGAGGCAGAGCGGUCAGUUCUGGAGGACAGGUCAGUGCACUCAAGGCUCAGUGUCCAUCACCCACUGGCUCUCCCUCCAGAUACCGUCUCUCUAGUUUGGUUCUUGCAUGUAAAAUACUCCAUGAUAAAUAAACAAGCAAACAAACCGUUCCUGUGUGAUCUCUGUCCACUGUGUCUGUGCC